AUGCUGGUACCAUCGACUACUUCAGAUACACCAACCACACAUCCUCCGACAACAACCGAUGCUGCAACCCCAACCCAAGAGACAGCUACUGCUGACUUAACGACUCCUAUACCCGAUACAACGUCACAACCUCCACCAUCAACGCCAAUGCCAACAAUGCAAGAGCUCACCACUGCAGAUGAAACGGUAGCCCCAGUGGUACCAUCGACUACUUCAGAUACACCAACCACACAUCCUCCUACAACAACCGAUGUUGCAACCCCAAGCAAAGACACAGCUACUACUGACUUAACGACUCCAAUACCCGAUACUACGUCACAACCUCCACCAUCAACACCAAUGACAACAAUGCAAGAGCUCACCACUGCGGAUGAAACGGUAGCCCCAGUUAAAUUCAUGUCCUAA